AAAAAAAGGUAAAAAAAAAAAAAAAUGGCUGCUCAAUCAACGCUCCGGAACCCUCGGGGCGACCCUCUCGUUGCGUUGUAUACGCAUUACUCCGAUCUGUUUCGUGCCUACGCCAAACGCUCGUCCAGAACAACCAGGCUGCUGGCAACCGUGUCACUGCUCCUGUCGAUCAUCGCGUCGGGUUAUGGGGGAUACAACUGGCUACGAGCACAGGCGAAAGAGCGAGCUCAGGCUCGCCGACUGCUGCGUCGAAAUUCCGGCAUUAGAGGCAAGGAUGGUUCGCGUAUCAUUUACGUCCCCGACAAGGGUUCCACCACGUCCAAGGUCACCAUCCACCCGACAAAACCUACCACCUUCGAUGCGCACCGGAGGCUGUUUCUGAACCCCCCCGGCUCGACGCGGCUGGGGGACGCCAACGAUACCGUCUCGCAAACCCCGCCGUUGUCGACGAAACCAGGCCUGAAUCUCGCCUUCCUCCACCAGUUCCUCAGCCUGUUAAGUAUCAUGGUUCCUCGAUGGAACAGCAAGGAGACCGGUUUACUGAUGGGUCAUGGCGUCUUUCUAUUGCUCAGAACCUAUCUCUCCCUGGUGGUCGCGCGGUUGGAUGGCGAAAUUGUGAGAGACCUGGUGGCUGGGAAAGGGCGAGCCUUUAUCUGGGGCAUUGUCAAAUGGUGUGGGAUAGGAACCCUCGCCUCGUAUACAAAUGCGAUGAUCAAGUUCCUCCAGUCCAAGGUGUCGAUUGCCUUCCGCACCCGGCUUACGCGGUACAUCCAUGAUCUCUACCUGACGGGGAACAACAACUAUUACAAGCUGCUGAACCUCGAUGGGGGGAUCGGCCAGGAUGCGGAUCAGUUCAUCACCCAGGAUCUCACUCUAUUCUGCUCGGCCGCGGCAUCCCUGUAUUCUUCCCUGGGGAAGCCGAUGGUCGACCUGCUGGUCUUCAACUACCAGCUCUAUCGCUCCCUCGGCCCGUUGGCCCUGUCGGGGAUUCUCACGGGCUACUUCAGUACUGCAGCUGUGUUACGCAGACUGUCGCCUCCCUUUGGCAGACUGAAAGCGGUCGAGGGUAAACGGGAGGGUGAUUUCCGAGGGCUACAUACCCGAUUGCUGGCCAACGCCGAGGAAGUCUCCUUCUACGGCGGCGCCGAGAUUGAGAGGGUGUUUUUGGCCAAGAGCUUCAAAGAUCUCCAGCGUUGGAUGGAGGGAAUAUAUAGUCUCAAGAUUCGAUACAACAUGCUCGAAGACAUCAUUUUGAAAUACUCUUGGUCCGCGUUUGGAUACCUCAUCACCUCGCUGCCUGUCUUCCUCCCGGCCUGGGGCGGUCUCGGGGGUGUCAUGGAGCUGGCCGAUGAUGCCAGUGCAGAGACCGGUCGUGAGCGAGGGCGCAUGAAGGAGUUCAUCACGAACAAACGGCUGAUGCUCUCUCUGGCGGACGCCGGCGGCCGUAUGAUGUACAGCAUCAAGGACAUCUCCGAACUGGCCGGCUACACAUCCCGGGUGUACACCCUGAUCUCCACCCUCCACCGCGUCCAUGCCAACACGUAUUAUCCGCCCCCCGGCCGACCCACUGAGCUCUAUUCUCUCGCAGACGACCAGGGCACCGUCCACAGCGGGUUCGACGGGGUGCGCCUGGAGCAAGUGCCCAUUGUGGCGCCGUCGCUCUUCCCGCGCGGCGGCGACGAGCUGCUCGAGUCGCUCUCCUUUGUUGUCCAUUCGGGUGACCACCUGCUCAUCUCCGGGCCCAACGGGGUCGGCAAGUCGGCGAUCGCGCGGAUCUUGGCGGGCCUGUGGCCCGUCUACCGCGGGCUAGUGAGCCGGCCGCGCGCCAUCGGCCUCGAAGGGAUCAUGUUCCUACCGCAGCGGCCGUAUCUGAGCGUGGGCACGCUGCGCGACCAGGUGAUCUACCCUCACACGGAGCUGGACAUGCACGAGGCCGGCCGCACCGAAGCCGAGCUGCAGGCCAUCCUGCAGGACGUACACCUAGGCUACCUGCCCCAGCGCGAGGGCGGCUGGGACGCCCGCAAGGAGUGGAAGGACGUGCUCAGUGGUGGCGAGAAGCAGCGCAUGGCCAUGGCGCGCCUCUUCUACCACGAGCCCCGCUACGGCUUCAUCGACGAGGGCACCUCGGCCGUCUCCUCCGACGUCGAGGGCCUGCUCUACGAGCGCGCCAAGGAGCGCGGCAUCACCCUCAUCACCGUCUCCACCCGCGCCUCCCUAAAGAAGUACCAUACCUUCAACCUCACCAUGGGGCUGGGUGCUGAUGGCGCCCAGUGGGAGUUCGACCGCAUCGGUACCGACAAGGAGAAGCUAAGUGUCGAGAAGGAACUGCAGGAGCUGCGCAAGCGGCUCGAUAAUGUCGAAGAGUGGAAGCGACGCCGCGCCGAGAUUGACCUCGAGCUGCGCACUGUCUGGACAGAGGGCGGAGAGGAGCUGCCCCCUCCGCCGUAUGCCGAGGAGGAUUCCUAAUCUUUUUUUUUUUUUACCUCCUCUUGCCCCCUUGUAUUUCUCUUAUUUACACCAGGGCAUAGUUAUAUCAUGACUUUCGUAGGUACAAUCAAUAAGAUCGAGUCCUUC